CCUAUUCCCCGCAUCACCCUGUCCUCUGCUUUGCUUUAGUUUCAGUUCGAUGUCCGUCCGUUUGUCUGUGUGCAGGUGUUCGCGUGGACUCGCCCGUUUCCCGUUAAAUACCGAAAACUCCAGAUGGGAGAGCCGACCAUCCAGUGACCGGAGCUGUUACUGGGAUAAUACCGUAGUGUUCGGGGACUUUUUGUGAGAGGGAAGGGGAAAAGAAUCGAGUUUUGGCGUUAACGUGUUAGCCACAGCACGACAGGUGAGCCGCGGCUUUCAGAUUUCAGACGUUAGCCUCACCGACAAAAAUACAUUUGUCGCUCUGGAAACCGGGAGUUCAGCCUUAAACUUAAAGGUGUCUGUCCUCUGGGUCUGCUGCCUGAAACGCGCCAUGGCCUCUGCCCACUCGGAGCAGUGCAGCGUCCUGCAGGACGAGCUCACCUGCCCGGUGUGCCUUGAAGUAUACCGGGACCCCCACCUGCUCCCUUGCGGACACAACUUCUGCAAGAUCUGCCUCGACCGGCUGAGACGGCAGGAGCGCGGCCGCGUCCGCUGUCCGGAGUGCCGGGAAAACCACCAGAGCAGCACCAACUUCCAGAAAAACUUCAAGCUAGCCAACAUCGCCGACGACUACCUCCGCAGGCGGAGGGCCACGACGGCGACCGCCUCCGCUUUAAAGUGCCAGGAGCCGCUUUCGUUCUCCAUAGCACAGCUAGCCAAGACCAUCUUUGCCGUUCAGUGCGACUACUGUCCCUCAGCAGCCACCGGCGCCUCAGGAUUUGGCUCCUAUGGGGACAAGUCCUCUACUAGUGCUUGUCUUUCUCAGGAAGGCAAAGACAAGGAGGACGCCGCUUCGUCAACACUGGCGGUCAAGACAUGCCUGAAGUGCGAGGUGUCCAUGUGCCAGGAGCACCUGAAGCCGCACCUGGAGCUGCCGGCGUUUCGGGAGCAUGUUCUCGCAGACCCAAUGCUGGACUUCUGGAAGAGGAAGUGCAUGGAUCAUGACGAAGUCUACAGAUAUUAUUGCAUGGAUGACAAGAUGUGUGUUUGCAACGCCUGCACCAUAGAGGGAGGACACUCAGGACACACCAUCAAGACCCUGAAGAACACCAUGAAGGAUCUGAAGAGCGCGAUGGACAAACAGCUGUACAGGCUGGAGAGGAAGAACAGCCUGGCAGAGAGGAAGCUGCAGGAGCAGAAGGAGAAGGAGAGGCAAAAUAAGAAGUUCAGGGAGGACGCAGAGCAGUGCCUGACGCUCCUGGAGGACGAGAUGAAGACCAGAGUGCAGCGCUUCAUCCUCACGCUGAGAGAAUUCACUCGUACCCAGUGUGAGAUCAACGGCUCGGCCAUCCAGAAGAACAUCUCCAAAAUCUGUCAGGACCAGACGCGCCUGGACGAGGUGCGCUGCAGCAUCGAAAGCCUCGUGCAGGAGAGUGACCCCUUCCGCUUUGUCGAGGAAUAUAGAACCACAGGAAAACAGUGCCGUAGACAGCUAAGGAAAAAUAUGUUCUAUCCCGAAUACGUUGAAAUGGAGACGGAGAUCCUCGGAAUAAGGAUGGAGGAGGAAAUGAGCAAAUUUCUUGACGAUCUACCUUGUCACAUCGUCGCUGCCAUCAACUCCUUAUGUAGUCUUUCCGACCACGAGGAGGAGGAGGAACACGAGGACAACGAGGAAGAGGCGGCCGAGGAUGAGGACGACGACGAUGAAGAUGAACUGGAGGACAGCAGCGAAGAGGAAAUGAGGAGCGACGAAGAGGAAGAAGAAGCGCACGACGACCUGGCCGACCAGUUAAGCCUAUGGGAGGAUGAAGAAGGGGAGGAGGAUGACGAAGGAGAGGAAGAGGAGGAUGGGGAGGAGGUUGAAGAUGAAGACGAAGACAAUGAGGAUGCAGAGGAAGAGGAGGACGACGACGAUGACGAAGAGCGAGGGGUUUAAGGGACGCGAUUAGCCGUGGUAGGACCAGAUGUUUGAACGUUUCCUCCCACUGGGUCCACUUGAAGCUAACUGCCCCGACACCCCAAUGCUAAACUGUGAUGCUACCGCUAAGCUACAUCAAAGUGCUUUGUAAAAAAUCCGGCUCACAUCAAAAACAUGAAUGUACCAUGACAGAAUAUGUACUAAACCUUUGCAUGGCUGCACUGCUCCAUUUUCUAUCACUUUGAUAAAUAUUUUACUAAAUUCAAUAUAUUUCCCUGAAAGGUAGACUUGCCCGAUAAGAAAUUAAUGUUUAUUCAUUUGAAGAAAAAGCAUUUAAUUGCUUCCUUUCAGUUCACUUUGUCAGCAUGUUUGGUUUCUCAAGAAAAAGUGAACACAGAACCUCUAGCCUGGUUGAACAAGCUGUGUGUGUGUGUGGUGCUUUUUUUUAUGCAUUACAAGUUAAAGUGUGUGUGUGGCAGCGAAGGGAAAUAUCGCAAUGUGAUAAGUUUACAUAGAUGGUUGGAAAAAGUAAGGCUUUAAAAGCAGUGCUUGCAUUAUAUAAAGAAUUGUCGAAUGUUUCUAUGCACACUUCAUACAUGAAUCUUAAAGGAGCAGUUUUAGGUCGUAUCAAAUUUUGCACUUUAACGUUCAAAUAUUCCAGGCUGAACAGAACAUCUUUGUAUUAAAGGUUGAUUUUUUUUUUUUCCCACUGAUUGUGAUUGUAAGGGGCCAAAAUAAGAUCAGAUGUGCAUAUUCUUAAUAAAGUCAUGAAUGAGUA